AGACACGGUGGUGAAGGAGGCGGUGUGGCGGUGGAAAGUAGUCAAGUAACCAAGCCGCGGCGACAGUCGGCCGCGGUCUUUCGAACAGUUCGUGGAUCUGCGUGGGCACCGCAUGAGAACAGCGUGCUCCGAAACUCGCGCCUAUCGUCGGACAAGCCUGCACCUAGGAAUGAGGUAACCGCCGGCGACGGGCUUGAUUCUUAGGCGUUCUCAACAUACAGAAACUAUUCACCGGCGAACGGCUUGGCAGGUGACGCGCAGAUAAUACAUCAAAAGUAUCCACGAUGACCGACGCAAGCGAGAAGCCGUCGACGGAGUUGGACACCUUCCUGCCUGAAGAUGGAUCCAAUCUUAAGGACGGCGUCCUAUCCGCCAAAUAUAAAGUGCAAGUCGCUCCACGCGAUGUUGAAACCGCGUUGACCGAUGAGAAGAGUUUCGAUCCCUUCGCGGAACGCAAAGUCGACAAUCCGACAACGGAUUGCGAUACAUUGACGCACUUACUAAAAGCUUCUCUCGGUACUGGAAUACUGGCUAUGCCCAUAGCUUUCAAAAGCGCCGGAUUGCUCGUGGGUAUCUUUGCCACGAUACUCGUCGCAUUCGUGUGCACGCAUUGCGCGUACAUUCUGGUCAAAUGUGCUCACAUGCUCUAUUACAAAACCCGAAGAGCGGAAAUGGGAUUUGCUGAAAUUGCCGAGACGGCUUUCAGUUCCGGGCCUCAAUGGGCGAGGAGAUUCGCGAAACCUUCCAGAUAUCUCAUCCAGAUCAGUCUGUUUACCACGUAUUACGGCACCUGCAGUGUAUACGCAGUAAUCGUGGCAGCCAAUAUCAAACAGAUCAUCGAGCAUUAUCAGGAUGCCGACGCUGGCGAGUAUAACAUUCGAUUGAUUACCGCUUACUUGCUAGUGCCGCUGAUUCUUCUUAGCUGGGUACCCGACUUGAAGUAUCUCGCGCCCGUUUCGAUGGUGGCGAACAUCUUUAUGGGAACAGGAUUGGGCAUAACGUUUUACUACCUCGUUUGGGACUUGCCGCCGUUGUCUUCAGUGCCUUUAGUAGCUAGUAUCGAAAACUUCCCGCAGUUUUUCAGCAUCACUAUCUUCGCCAUGGAGGCGAUCGGCGUGGUGAUGCCUCUGGAGAACAGCAUGAAGACGCCGCAACACUUCGUGGGUAUCUGCGGUGUUCUCAACAAGGGAAUGUCCGGUGUUACGCUCGUAUAUAUCUUCCUCGGAUUCCUCGGAUACGCUAAGUACCAGGACGAGACGCUGGGUAGCAUUACGCUAAAUUUACCAACAGAAGAAAUAGCAGCACAAGUUGUAAAAAUACUGAUCGCCCUAGCUGUCUUCUGCACCUUCGGUUUGCAAUUCUACGUGUGCCUCGAUAUCGCGUGGAAUGGCGUAAAACAUCGUUUCGAGAAGAAGCCACUUUUAGCCAACUAUAUCGUAAGGACGGUGCUAGUAACAGGAUGUGUUCUCCUUGCCGUGGCAGUGCCGACGAUCGAGCCGUUCAUCGGCCUAAUUGGUGCAUUCUGUUUCUCCAUUUUGGGCCUUCUCAUUCCAGUCUUCAUUGAAACCGUAACUUACUGGGAUGUCGGCUUCGGGCCGGGAAACUGGGUAGCCUUGAAGAAUGUAAUUAUAUGCGUGAUAGGUCUGAUGGCUUUAAUAUUCGGGUCGCGUAGUGCCAUAAUAGAUAUAGUAAAAUUGUACGCUUGAUAGAAAGAACAUUUUCCGUUUUUUAUCUAGUACAAAUCUUUUGGAUAUGCAACGAAUUUUUCUACUCAUGUUUUUAGAGAUCUGUCCCUGAUAUGGCUAACGGUAUUUUAGAAUUAAUCAAGCAUGACAUAUGCUCACAGGCGGAUUUUAUUGAAUUUCUCAACAAAGUUGAUGUAAAUUAUAUAGAUUACUUCAAAUUUUCUGACAUGUCAUUUUCUUGAGAUUUUAGAAAAUUCUAGAAUCUUCUAAGUCUCAAAUUUCUUUAGACUUAUUUUUUCGGAGAAUUAGUGUAUAUUUUGUUUCUACACUUAUGUGUAAACAAAAAAUACAAAGAAUUAUCAAAUUUUUAAAAUAACGUACGGCUAUAUUUUAUAGGACAGAAAAAGCAAAUAUAGAUUUAGGAGCAACGGCAGUAUUCAUUUAACAGAAAAUGCAAAAUAAUGAAUGAUCGUGAUCGUAAUGUGCGAGUGUAUCCUAAAGAAUGUGCGUGAAGUUCCUAUAGGAAGUAAUUUCUAUAUUAUCGGAAUGUUAUAUUAUUUAAUUCCACAUGAAAAUUCUGCAUUUAAGAAAUUAAAGAAAUUCGAAGAUAAUUUAUUAACCUAUGGAAAUAAUUUUCACACUCUUACUUUGCAAUAAGGUAUUUUGAUAAAAUAGCACGUCGAGCGUACUUUUAUUAAAUUUGCUCAAAAUGUGCAGUAUAAUAUACUACAUCAGUUUAUAUUGUCUAAUAUUUCAAAAAGUAUAAAAAAAUGUGAAUAUAUUUUUAAGAAAAAGACGGUUUUAAAGAAUCGAAACGAAAAUCGCAGUUUGCAUGCGAAACGAAUGUGUUAUUUGUACGGAAAAAAAAAUUGCUCAAGCAAAGUGUAUCACGCAGUCUUCCUGCAUUGCAUUUAAAAAUAACAUCAAAAUAUACCUUUUGGAACUGAUACACAUAGGAGACACAAUAUAUUUAUAUAUACAUACACUGUUCCUCCUUUUUUUUUACAUACAGAGAAAAAUAUAAUCGAUAAAAAUGAAACUAAUAUUUGUAAGAAUUUGUGGCACUAGCUGGAGUUACGAAAAAUAUAAUUUUACAUUUUGUAACGACA